UGAGAAAACAUGAGUCAAGCGAUGAUGGUUGCCGAAAUAUGUUCUGCGGUGUUGUGAUUAGCUUCAUAGAAUUGAUUCACCUUUAACAUGGUUUACCGGAAGGAUAAAAAAGGAUUUUAAACUAUUUUAUUGCUUGAUGUCGGGGCUUCGGACGUAAUCGCAUCGUGUGAAAGUAAAACUGUGCAUUUUCCGUGCUGCGCUUAAUUGAUUGAAAGCUGGCGAGAUUAAUUAAAAUUUUCUUUUCCAUCCACGAGCGGAAAGAAAAUCAAAGCGCAACCCUCGAUAUCAUCACCGCUUGACCACUUUCAUGCUGUAGAAAGUAGAUUGCAGAAGCAGAAUCCGGCGGCCGCUUAAGAAUGGCCUCGGGAAGACCCAUUAAGUGUGUUGUAGUCGGCGACGGAACGGUCGGCAAGACUUGCAUGCUCAUUUCAUACACUACCGACAGCUUUCCCGGCGAAUACGUUCCCACGGUGUUCGAUAACUAUUCCGCACCGAUGGUAGUGGACGGAGUACAAGUCUCGCUGGGACUGUGGGAUACGGCUGGACAGGAGGACUACGACCGGUUACGACCACUGUCGUACCCACAGACUGACGUGUUCCUCAUCUGCUUCAGCGUUGCCAGCCCAUCCUCGUUCGAAAAUGUGACUUCCAAAUGGUACCCAGAAAUCAAACAUCACUGCCCGGAUGCACCAAUUAUUCUAGUUGGAACCAAGAUUGAUUUGCGCGAGGACCGGGAAACUCUCAGCGCACUAGCCGAGCAGGGCCUGUCGGCACUCAAACGGGAACAGGGACAAAAACUAGCCAACAAAGUACGCGCCGUCAAGUAUAUGGAAUGUUCAGCACUGACCCAGCGUGGCCUCAAACAGGUAUUCGACGAGGCCGUACGGGCUGUACUCCGACCGGAACCCCUCAAACGACGUCAACGAAAGUGUGUUGUGAUGUAAUGAAUCUGUCUCCUGUCUGUCUUCUGCUAGUUUGAUAGUGUCACGCACACUACCCGACGCUCUCUAUUGUACAUAGGUUAAAUGGAGUAAACAAACAACACUCAAAAUUUGAAGAACAAAACAGCUGCUUAGUUCAAAUAGACAACUCAUUUUCGUAAAAAUCUUUACAACAUUUUUUUUAUAACAUAAAAAUUUAAAGAACAAUAAGUGUCAGAAAUAUGGUAUUUGAAAUUUCUCAACCACACAACUGAAAAAAAAAUCUCUUAUCCUUUAUAUUUUGUGCCAUUGCAACGAAUGUCAACAAAAGUAAUGUACAUUCAUGAAACAAAACAAAAAUUUAAUGAAAUCUCCGUAUACCUCACGUGUCGAUAGAACUGGUAUUCGUUUUUUUUUCUUUUGUAAUGGAAAACUGUUUUCCUAAACGUAUGAAUAAGCACCAAUUUUAUGUGUAUUCAAUGCCUAACACAGCAACGCCGUUUGUUGUAUAAAACUGAAACUAUAGACGAAGAAAAACUUAUGCUAAACAAUAUUUCCCAAAAUGAAAUCCAGAACUGAGUCUUUGUUCUUGAUUGACUAAAAGUUGUUGCGAUACAAAUCAUAAACCAUAUUUUUAUGCUGGAAAACUUUUAACGCUCUAAAAUCAUCGCAAAGUAGUUGUACAAGAUAACCUAACAGAUUUCAAAAGACACGCAUGUUUGUUCAAAUACAACAAUUAAUUCUAGUUAUAGCAUAUUGCAAUAGAAGCGCCACCCAGUGUAAUGUACGACCGAAACGAUCAAUGUAUAGACAAAAGAAAGCUCAAUUUAUUUCUCUGAACCUUCAUCAAAACUAGAAAGUUAUGCACGACUUUAAAGUUUCAGUAUCAAAAUGGCCAUACAACUCCAUAGUCAACUCAUAAAAACACCUUGCAACAAUGUUGAAAAAAGGAUCCUCAAGACAAAUCGUUGAAUUUUAAACAAAUUAACUGGAACCAAGCUGAAUUAUUCUGAAGUUUGGAUACUGAACGUAUGUAUGAACCGCCUAGAACACACUAAAUUUUUAUUACAGGUAGGAGUGUUACAAACCUCUGUAAACUACAGCUCGACUUCAAACUUUCAUGAGAUUCGUCAGCACGCUAGUAUCAAUUUCAAUGAGAAUACAUGAACCAUUACAGGACUAUAAGAAUUCCAAAAUUCGUAGAAAUAAACUGUAUGGAGCUUUCACAAGAUCUUGCACAAAUUGAUACACAAGCAAAGGCACGCCUUUUCUUAAUGUUUGCAUGAACAUCAGGUUUAUUACAAGUUUUUUUUUUCUUUUAGCAGAUUGUAUUUGCUCUAAUCAAUAGUGUUAACGUAACAUCGGACCAUUUUUCUUAAUAUUCUGUGAAUACAUUAAAAAUAUGAUCUGACAGCACAUUUUGCAAUUAUUUUCUCAACACACAUUUGCUAAAGAGACUGAAAACGCAACUCAAAAUUUCCCUUGUGUACCAAAGCUCGAAACAAAGCAAGUAAUACAUUGAAAAACAAAAAUAAAGAAAACAUAUUUGUUCCAGCACGAAUUUGUUUCUAAAAUGAGAGGACAUGGAAUUGUCCAUCUAGUCACUAGCAAUCUCCUCAAUUUUCAGGAAAACUUUAAAAACAACUACCUAGUUGAAUGAUAACGAUUUAUUAAGGAAAAUUGGAGAAACAAGAUCAAAAAAUCGAACAGCGUUAAGUCAAUUUCUCGUCUAGUGCUACGCUUACACCAGGCCAAUAAGACAAAAACAAACAUGAGUAAUGAACAAAGAAACUAAUAGAUCAAUGCCCUUCCGUUUUAGAAAACCCAGCGUGUAAUAACAAAAUGAAACAAAAUACAUAUAAUUUGCUGUGUUAAAAAUAUUUUGAGAAUCAUUUAUACGAAUAAUCAAAACUGAUUUCUUCAUAUCAUCAUAGGAUUACAUUACAAAAUAAUGUUCUGUAGUUUCAGUGAUUUUAGUUUAACUAACUAAAGAUUGCAACACAGUUCUAACGUUUGCUUUGUCAAAUACUUACCCGCCUGUGCUGCUUGCUCGACAAAAAGGUUUGCAAUAUGAUCGGCAGGAAAAAAAUACGAACGAGAAAAGUCACAAUGUAAGGAAAAACGCAGCGCAGUUUUUGCUUCAGUAAAGUAUGUAUUACUUGA